CCCCCUCUCCCGUCCCCUCCCCGCGCGCCGGGGCCGCCGGCCGGGCUCCGGCUGGGGGGGCGGGGCGGCCGCCAGAGUGUUUUCAGUUCCGCCUCCAGUCGGCCCAUUCCCCUCUCUCCUCCCGGUCCCUCCAUCCCCUUCGGAAGAGGAAGGAACAAAGGUCCCGGACCCCCCCGGAUUCUUGACGGGGCGGGACCCGGAGCCCCGGUCCAGGUUAGAUUAAAGAGGAUAUUUUCUUAGAGUGGACCACCACUUUCGGUAAGACCAUGUCGUCCAUCUUGCCAUUCACUCCACCAGUUGUGAAGAGACUGUUGGGAUGGAAGAAGUCAGCUGGUGGAUCUGGAGGAGCGGGUGGAGGAGAGCAGAAUGGACAGGAAGAAAAGUGGUGUGAGAAAGCAGUUAAAAGUUUGGUGAAGAAGCUGAAGAAAACAGGACGAUUAGAUGAGCUUGAGAAAGCCAUCACCACUCAGAAUUGUAAUACUAAAUGUGUUACCAUACCAAGCACUUGCUCUGAAAUUUGGGGACUGAGUACACCAAAUACGAUAGAUCAGUGGGAUACAACAGGCCUUUACAGCUUCUCUGAACAAACCAGGUCUCUAGAUGGUCGUCUUCAGGUGUCCCAUCGAAAAGGACUGCCUCAUGUAAUAUAUUGCCGAUUAUGGCGCUGGCCUGAUCUUCACAGUCAUCAUGAACUCAAAGCAAUUGAAAACUGCGAAUAUGCUUUUAAUCUUAAAAAGGAUGAAGUAUGUGUAAACCCUUACCACUACCAGAGAGUUGAGACACCAGUUUUGCCCCCGGUGUUGGUGCCCCGGCAUACAGAGAUCUUAACAGAGCUGCCCCCUCUGGACGACUACACCCACUCCAUUCCAGAAAACACUAACUUCCCAGCAGGAAUCGAGCCGCAGAGUAAUUAUAUCCCAGAAACGCCACCUCCUGGAUAUAUCAGUGAAGAUGGAGAAACAAGUGAUCAACAGUUGAACCAAAGUAUGGAUACAGGAUCUCCAGCAGAAUUAUCUCCUACUACUCUUUCCCCUGUUAAUCAUAGUUUGGACUUGCAGCCAGUUACUUACUCAGAGCCUGCAUUUUGGUGUUCAAUAGCAUAUUAUGAAUUAAACCAGAGGGUUGGAGAGACCUUCCAUGCCUCACAGCCCUCACUCACCGUAGACGGCUUCACAGAUCCAUCAAAUUCUGAGAGGUUCUGCCUAGGUUUACUCUCCAAUGUAAACAGAAAUGCUACGGUAGAAAUGACAAGAAGACAUAUAGGAAGAGGAGUGCGCUUAUAUUACAUAGGUGGGGAAGUUUUUGCUGAGUGCCUAAGUGAUAGUGCAAUCUUUGUGCAGAGCCCCAACUGUAACCAGAGAUACGGCUGGCACCCUGCAACCGUGUGUAAAAUUCCACCAGGCUGUAAUCUGAAGAUCUUCAACAACCAGGAAUUUGCUGCUCUGCUGGCUCAGUCCGUUAAUCAGGGUUUUGAAGCCGUGUAUCAGCUAACUAGAAUGUGCACCAUAAGAAUGAGUUUUGUGAAAGGGUGGGGAGCAGAAUACCGAAGGCAGACGGUAACAAGCACUCCUUGCUGGAUUGAACUUCAUCUGAAUGGACCUCUGCAGUGGUUGGACAAAGUAUUAACUCAGAUGGGAUCCCCUUCAGUACGUUGCUCAAGCAUGUCAUAAAGCUUCAUCAACCAAUCAAGUCCCAUCAAAAGACUUAAUAUACCAACUCUUCUGUCAUAGUAUUUGUGUGUGGUCCCCGUGGACUGUUUACUAUCCAAAAAUUCAAGAGAAAACAGCACUUGAGGUCUCAUCAAUUAAAGCACCUUGUGGAAUUGGUUUCCUAUGUUCGAAUAUUAGAUGGGAAAAUUAAUGUCUAGAAAUACUCUCCCGUAAAGGAGGAAGAGAAGAUUUUAAAGACUUACUGAUGUCUUGUUGGGCAUAACACUGAGUGUCCCAAAGGUUUAUUAAUAGCAGUAGUAGUUACGUGUGCAGGUAAUGUAUCAUGACCCAGUAUCACAGUAUGUGCUGUUUAUAUGCAUUUUUAGUUUGCAUAAAUUAGGUGUGUGUGUGCUGCUUCUUGAUUUAGGCAAGCCUUUAUAAAGUUACAGUACCUAAUCUGUUAUUCCCACUUCUUUGUUAUUUUUGUGUGUCUUUUUUAAUAUAUAAUAUAUAUCAAGAUUUUCAAAUUAUCAUUUAGAAGCAGAUUUCCCUUGUAGAAAAACUAAUUUUUCUGCCUUUUACCAAAAAUAAACUCUUGGGGGAAGAAAAGUGGAUUAACUUUUGAAAUCCUUGACCUUAAUGUGUUCAGUGGGUCUUAAAUAUUCAUUCUUUCUGUGUUUGUUUACUUACUGCUAAAUCUUAUUAUAAGGAAACUUUAUGGAAAUCUUUCUAAACCUCUCCUCCGUUUCUACUUUUCCACCAAAACAGUGUAGCAUGGCAUCCAUCACCAUCAGUGAUUGCACUGAUACCGCCAGCACCAGUUAAUUCUGGGUACAAUGAGAAUUCAUGUGGAGUAAGUCCCUUUGUCUUACACCAAAUUUCAGUUUCAACAGGUAAUAAUAGACUUAUGUAACCUGGCAGUCUUUUGAUUUAUCUUUACACCUCAUAAAAAAUGCACAGGUGGCAGUAUAAUUAUUUUCAGGGAUAUGCUGCAAUUAUUUCGAUAUAUUUAUCCUUUCUGAAAAUUCAAUCUAUAAAUAUAAACACUCUUUUUUAAAAGAUACUUUCAAAUAUUUCAGUAGCAAACCUAGUGCUCUUUUGAGUUGAAUUUCAUUGGAUUUAAUUACCAGAUUGUCUUAUGAAAUGGACCUUUUGUAAAUGUAAUUGCUUCGGCAGAAUACCUAGAAAAGUAAUGCUGAGGUCUGAUCAGCAGAUAGGGGCCAUCUGUUUUUAAGGUAUGUUGUAUUAAAUUUAUAAAAUCUUAUGUUAUUUUACAUAAUUAUGAAUUCUGAAUUGUAAAAUUUGGGGGAGAAGCCAUUUAGCAAGUUUUUUAUCUUAUGAAUACCUGUGGUCUGAGCUGUUCUUAACUAAUCCUGAAUAUGUGGUGACUAUUAGAAGCCACCAUACUUCAUGCUCUGCAGGGACAGGCAUGACCAGAGGUGUCAAAAGCUCUGUUGAAAGUCAUUCUACAGCAGAUAAUCCUUAUUUUAUUUAGUUUAUUGUUAACUCAUUCCAGUUUAAACUUUUCUUGUUUGCAUCUCAAUAGGAACAGCCAGUAACCACUCCUGGUCCCCUUCUAGUAAGUUUUCAUAUUUUUAAAGACAGAUUAUCUUUGGUUGGUACUUGUGUUUUAAAACCAUAUUCACCUGUAUGUACAGGUGUUAUUUUCAAUACUUUCAGCAUUUGAUUGUUUUCUGUCAGAUAUUGCCCAUUUUCCUAUGUUUGUGUAUGCAUGUAUAUGUUCAUGUAAACUUGGUAGAGUGAUUUUUCGUUCUACAGAUAUUUAUUGUUCACCUGUUACGUGUGCCAGGAACUUUCUUAGCCUUUGGGUAAAGGUGAACAAGACAGCUAUGGCCCUUGCCUUUGCGGAGAUAGCAGUUACUCUAACACUUGACUAGUGUAUUGUCUAUGAAGGAGAUAAACAGGGUACUGUGAUAGAGCAAGGCAGAGGGAAAGCUUCUGUCAAGAAGUGAUGCGUGAGGAAGGAGCCAGCCAUGUGGAGAGCCAGGGAAAAAUAGGCUUUCUCGGCAAAGAAAAUGGCAUCAAAUGCAAAGGCAUACUUUAAAGGAAACUCAUCAUUUAUUAGGUGUUUAUGCUUUAUACAAAAACCUCUUCACAGAUCCAAACUUGAGGAUCAGAUGGUUCUACAAUUUAUAAUAGUUGAAGGUGGCCUUAUUUUGUAAUGGACUGCUUCAUGUGUCAUUCUUGUUAGUAUUUCCUCUUCCUCAAGUCCUUACUAUAAAGAGUUUGCACCAGGUCACUGCCAUUUAAUGGAACAACCCUUUCUUUAAUUCUGCCUUGGGCAAAUUUCACCAUUGUAGCAACUGGCUGCUUGCUUCCAGACGUCCUGCUGCCCACUGAUUACUGCUUGUCCAGCCUGUCUUGUGGAUGGUAUAAAUGUCCCAGGUAUCACCACCGUCAGACCUGUUGAAAGUGUGGAGGUUCUGCCCUUUGCACUUGAGAAGUUGUGUGAUGUUAGGGAAUACUGUUCUUUGUCUGGGGUCAAAGAACAACUCAAAAUGGAAGAAACUCCUGGCUGUUACUCUUGCAUUGAUAUGUUAAGCAAAGCAGUACCAUCUGUAGCAUUUCAGUAAUGGAUCACAUCUCUACAGUUACGGUGGGAUUCUUCUGUACAGUAUGAAGCUGGGACUCAGCUCUUUGGAAGCACCGAUUGUUUUCAGUAGUUAGACCAGUCACGCAGUUGACUUGGUGGUGGUGGUGGUGGUUACAUUUGUAUGAAUAUGUUCAAUGGUCUUAAUUUGUUUUUUAAUGAGAUGUUGGGUUUGCAUUUUGUUUUGUCCACUGUGGCCUAAUUUUUGCUGAUAAUUUUUUUCCUUUAUAGGGUUUGUUUUCGUUCUUCUAAGUGAUAAGAUCUCCGCUCUGUAUAAUUUUAUCUUUAUUUAAAUUAGCAACCUCAUUAAGAAUUUCUUCUACACAGGGCUGGUAAUGUCCUCAGUUUAACAGCAUGAGAACUGAAGGAUCAUGCUUUCUAUCACAUUUCCAAAAUAAAUGGUGGUUCUCACACUGGAUUACAUAUACCUUAGGGCUGAUUUAGGGAAUUGGAGGCUGGGAUAUUUCCACUGACUUUGGCCUGGCUGGCCAGUGGCAGCUUCAUUUUUAUUCUGUAUUGGAGUUCUACAUAGAUUUCUUUUUUUUUAAGUUUCACUGCUUAAAAAAAGUUUGCUUUCCUGACUGGGUUUGAACUACACCAUACUAACUAAUUGUAAUUGUACAUUAUGAUAUACAUUUAUUCAGUGAACACUUACUGAUGCCUGUUCUUCACCCAGCCUGUGUGAUGGAUGUUGAGCGGUAAGAUGACUGGGAUUUGGUACUGAGUCUUAGUCUUGUGGGGGUUACUUUCUCCCUCAGGACCUGUCACUUUGUCAGAAGAAAACCUGCCUAAUUUUUCUUGAAAGCUAAAUAUUCUUGUUCUGUACUCUUACUCUGUAUUCUGAAUAUAUACUUGCAAGUUGUUAAUAUCUAAAGGUUUUUUAAAACCUUAAAUCAUAUUUAAGGUUUUUACUUAUUACUUCAUCUGUUCUUUAGACAUUGCCAGAUUUUCUCCUUUGUUAAAAUUAUUUUAAUUUCACUUUAUUUGUGCCUUUAUUGUCAGUUUCAUCAAGACUAAGAUUUUGAAGGUGAAAAACAAUCAGUCUAGUCUCUUGCUAGUUCAAAUCAAAUAAAAGAGAAUAUGUACCCAGUUGGUUUCUCUACCUCUUCCAAAAACUGUCCAAAUAUAUCUUUAACAUCCUUUUUAAAAAAAAUAAUUAAAUACUUUGAGCAUUUAUUCAGUAAUCAGCACCUCCCAGGUCUGGUUGAUGGUGGUAUGUAAUAUAACGCAAGACAAUCCUCACUGUUCUUAACAUCUGUCUUUAUGUACAGUCCUGACUUUCAUAGCUGGAUGGUUCUGAAUCACAGAUUGCUGCCCCUCCACCAUUCCCCCAGUAUCUCUUUAGAUAAUUAGUCUGUGGACGUAAGCAACCCAUGAUCUUGUCUCUUACUCUGGUGCAGCGCAUUGAGGUUUAGACAUAACAAAUUACUGCCUAUUUUCUUUCCUUCAUGAACUCUGUUUUACUGAGCCCUUUUUAUUCAUCAGCUGAAUUUCUUUCUUUCUUCCUUCUCUUGACAGCACGUAUCCCUAGUGGUUUUGCUGAUUGCCCCCUUCCUUUCCAACCAUGUUUUAUCUGCAUACAUCAGAGUGUUUCUCUCCUUUGAACUUUACUAAAGACCAAAAAGGAUGGUGCUGUUCAUACCCAGGGUCCUAACUUUUUUCACCACAAAGGUUGAUGUUCAGAUUAGCUAAGUCACUUAUAAAUGGUUCAGAAAUUCUAUCCAGUUUAAACAUGUAUGUGUGUGUGAGAUGAUCAAAUAGCAUGAAUCAUCACAUUCUGUUUAAAUUGUGUUUAGGAUUAUGAACUUUUCCAGCAGUUGCAGCCAAUAAUUUCCCCAUAAUAGCAGCCCAGUUUCCACCUUGGAGCAUAUUGAGUUGUUGUAUGUAGUACAAUCAAGUGUAAUGAUGAUAGUGUGUGGUGUCCAGAGGUUGUCAGAAUUCUGUUGAGUUCUUUUUACUAUCUUCCAUUUCAAAGUUUUUAUAAAUAUUUUGUCUGUUCAGACUACCUUUUGUGGGGAUCGAGGGACAAAUUUUCUCUGGGGAGUGGAAUUCCUGUGUUGGGAGCCUCGACCAGGAAAUGUGAGCUAUACUGGAUACAGAUAGCCUCAUGAUCGCUUUUAUGAUAAGUUGUCUGAUGUGUUCACAUAAUUUUUUGGGUAGGAACUGUUUUCUCUUGGAUAUAAUAGCUAACUUUAUAUAUAGCAUAAACUGCCUUAAGUCUUUUUAGUAGGGAAUACAUUAUAUAAUGUGUAUGUAUGGAUUUAUAUAUACAUAUACACUCAUAAAAAUCUUAACGAUAGGGCUGGUUUGCACACAUUUGAACAGUAUUCAAUGAUUUUAUUGUUUAGAUCUCAGUAAAAAAUUCCUAAGUUGCUUGCAGACUUCCUUUCAUGGACAGACCAUCAGGGUAAAUUUUUUAUUCUGCUAGCGUCCUAAUUUCGUGGUUCUGUUAGUAUGCCAUUUUUAGGCAGCUUGACAAUUAAGAAUUAGAACUGAAACUGACAUCAAAAAGAAGCUCUGCGUGGUCUCUGUGGAAGGUACUGACUUAAAAUUACAUUAAAAAACUUUCUUAAUAAUAAUGUUAGGUUGUGUGCCCCCCGCCCCUACGCUUUUUUCCCCCUGGCAUAAGACUGCUGCUUUAGAUAACCUGGGAAGUACCACUACCAAGUCCAGUUUUCCUGUACUUAAGGAUAGCCUAAAGAUGACUUUCUUAGCUGUGCUCAACAGAAAUGAAUUUUCCAAAAUUCUUUGGGUCAUUUCUGAUUUACAGAGGAUCUGACCAGAGUGUAUUAUUAGCCUGAGUUAACUUCAGUGUCAGUUGGUUCGCUGCCAUGAGAUCCAUAAGAGACCCAGAUUUUCACCGUUGGUUGAGAUGUAAGGGCCCUUUGAAAGAAUAAUGCCGCUGAAGAGGAAGUGAGUAUUCAUUAACUGCACACAAAGAACUUUUAGAUUUUUCUCCCCCCACUCCUGAUUAUAUUCUUCUACCCUCUUUUAAAAAAACAAAACAAAAAACCUCUUAACUGUCCCCAGAAUUUCCAGUCUGCUCUUUUACAAGGUUGGGGGUGGGUGGGUGGGGUGGUGGGAAGGGUGUUACUUUCUCUUCUGAUUAAAGAUGCUUAUUUAUUGAACCGUGAAAUUCAUAAUAUAUUGAUUUAAGGACAGAAGUGAAGUUUUAGAAUUGUAAAAAUACUUAACUAUUAUAUAUUUUUCAUUUCACACUUGACUGUUUUUUUUCUCCCUGUGGCUUUAAAGUUUUUGGCUGUUUUUCAGUGUUAGUCUCUAGGUAAUUUGCUGUAUUUCUGGUUCUGUAUUAAGUCCUACCGUUUACACGGCUGUGGCAUAAAGUUGGUUCUCAGCAUAGAAGUCUUCCUAAAGUCUUUUUCUUCCAAAGAGAUUUUCCUUUCUCAAUAAUUCCUAAGAUGAUACUUGUUUGUCACUUUCUUUAUUCACAUUCUUGGAUUGUUCAAACAAAAAAAAAUUGUUGGUGAAAAAGAUUAGGGUCCUUUUCUGAUGAAUGUAUGUACCUGCAUUAAGAAUGUAGUCAUUUGUCAGUUUUAUGUAACUAGUAUAUACACAGAUUAAAUCAGGAGAAAGAAUUAUCUCUUACAUAGCAUGUAGGUCACAUGCAUGGAUUUUACAUUUUUUAAAAAUGCCCUAUUUUUUUGGCAAACUGUAGAACCCAAAAUGGUCAUUUCUUAGACCAGCUUUACCUCAGGCUUCAUUUUUGCUGUUUUGACCUUGGGCCUUUAAGGCAUAAAUAUUUAUAUCUUUUUAUUACUGAUAGUGAAACUGUGACACUAACCAUUUCUGUAAUACAAGACGGCAAAACAAGAAAAACUAUAAAGAUUAAGAUGAAAGCAAUUGUGCAGUUGUUGAGCUUGAUCAUAGCGUUGUAGGCAAAAUAAAAAUGUGCAUAUCUGAGAAUAUUUUUUUUUGCCGUCUCUCCCCAAGGCCAGACCUUCUGGUAGAGCACAGUUAAAAGUAACAUAAUUCUGGGCCUUUAUAAUCUGAGGGAAAUGGCUCCAGUUGGCAGUCUUCUUGUUAACAUAUGAAGCCCGAAUGUGGGAAAUAGUUGGCAAAGAGUAUUUUCACCUAAAAAAAAGAAUAUGAAAAGAUAUAAAACUGGAUUAUUCAUUUCACUCUGAAAAAUCUCAAAAAGAUACAGUAAAGUACUAUAUAACUGGAUAAAACCUGAAGAACCUAUAGAGGAUUUAUGUGAAAACAGGCUUCGAGGAUGAACUGUUACAUGCUCACCAGUUUCUUUAGGUUUGAUCAACCUGUUCUUAAAGUAAGGUAUUUGUGGAUUUCUAGGAACUAGCGAUUAGCAGGUGUCCUAAAAAGAUUUUUGAGCUGAUUCCCUCAUAAGUAGCCCUAUAUGCUCUUGAAGAUUCUUACCCUUCCUCUAGUGAUCCUAAGGGAGGAAUGAGUAGUGCUGUUAGGGUGGCAACCUGCCCUGGCAUGCCUGGGACUGAGGUGAUCCCCUUGGACGCAAAACUUCGUGAGUGCUAAGCCCAGGAAAGCCCAGGCCCACACAGCAAGGAGGGGCUGAUAGCCCUGGCUGUUGCUGUGACUUAACCUCACCUUAAACACUGUACUAGUUUCAGUUAAGUUCACCUGCCUUAUGGCACAUGUCCUCCGGUCACUUAUUACUGUGGAUGGGAUGUGAGAUUUAUGACAAAUAAUAGCUAAUGGCACCAACGUGCUCUUGGUAGUGAGACUAACAGUAAUCCAGGGAAGAUACCAGUGGUUGAAUGAAAGAGAAGAGGCAACUAGACAGUGAAGUUCUUCAGAACCUGUGUGUAUAUGUAAGUACAGAUCAUGUCUUUAUGGGGUUAAAUUAUUAUAUCUGAAAUUUAAAUUCUCAUGGUGAAAGAAAACUGAGGAGCAUGGAUUUUUUCUCUCGAGGAAAGAUACGGCCUUUGAUGCUCUAUCUUCUGCAUUCCCCAGACUGUCCUGCUCAAGAAGCCAGAAUGUGGCAUUAUUAUGUUUAUUCUCAGUGAAUGUCGUAUUGCGAUUACUAAAUGCAUCAGCCAAUGGCAGAUCAAGGAACUAGUGUCCUGAUCCACACUGAGCAGCACCCUCAGUUCUGAUAGCCUCCUGGCCCUCAGGUGCUUACCAGCUACGACACCGACCACGGGAGGCAAGACUCCUCUAAGAUGGCGUUGGUUUUGUAAUGCAAUAUGAAGGGUGCAGAGUCUGUUCUUGUUCCCCUGUGGCAGUCUGCAGACUGCAUCCUCUCUGUGCACUGUGAUGUAGACGGUAGAUGUGUUCUUUGUAAGCUUUAAUCCUAUGAUUGUCAGAAGUAUGAUGUUCCAUUUUUUUAAAAUUAAACAAUGAGCUGAGGCUUUAUUUCAGCUGGUUUUCAAGUUAAAGUUGUGAAAUACUGAUUUCCUUCCCUCCACCCACACCAAAUACUUUAGUCUAUUUCAAGUACAAAAAAAAAUAGUUCUACUUAAGAAAACACUGCUUAAAUGUCCUGUGAUUUCUGGUCCAAUUUUAUAUAUUUGUGUGUGUCUGUAUGUGGUUUCACUUUUUAUCUUGUUGGCUCUCUACCUGUGUUAACAGUACUGUCACCAUUGAAAGGUGAACAUUUUUCCUAGCAUUAAAAAAAAGCCAUUUGAGUUGUU